CACACAAAAAAACAAAACAUUUGAUUCAUUUUUUAUUAAUUACAUUUUAUACUCACUAAUUAAAUUUUGAUUUAAAAAUAUGAUGACAAAUAAUGGGUUCGAUUCAGAUUUUGCUCUUCUUGAAUCAAUUCGCCGUCAUUUGCUAGACGAUUUCGCCACUAAUUCCGGCGAUUCUGUGCCGCCGAUGUAUUGCCGGAGCAACACUUUGUUUCCAUGCUUCUCUGAAACAUGGGGUGAACUACCAUUAAAACAACAUGAUUCUGAAGAUAUGUUAAUUGCUAGGUUUCUUCAUGAGGCAUUGGAUUUUGACUGUUCGCCGGCGCCGGUAGAUUUUGUAGAAUCAGCCGAAAAUUUUGCAACCUCUCCGGAAAAGGUGGACUCGCCGGUAAACUUGGUGGGGUCGCCGGAAAUUGCGAGAUAUGAAGUGGGGUCGCCGCCAUUGGUGGAGCAGAAGGGAAGACAUUACAGGGGAGUGAGGCGGCGGCCGUGGGGUAAGUUUGCGGCGGAGAUAAGAGAUCCGGCGAAGAAUGGUGCACGUGUGUGGUUAGGGACAUUUGAGACAGCGGAGGAUGCGGCGUUUGCUUAUGAUAAGGCGGCGUAUCGCAUGCGUGGUGCACGUGCUUUAUUGAAUUUCCCGUUGAGGAUAAAUUCUGGUGAGCCGGAGCCAGUGAGGAUAACUUCUAGAAGGAGGUCGACGUCGCCGGCGAGUUCGUCGGAGGAACGGUCGCCGAAGAAGAGAAUAAAAGUGGAAAGGGAUUAGUGGAAUUGGGGGUGGGUCACAUUUUGGGUGGGUUUCGUUGUGUUGUGGCUGCUUUUCACUUUUUUGUGCAUAAUGACAAAUUCAUUUUUUUUUAAUGUAUAUAACUUUUAAAAUUUUUAUAUUAUUAAUUACGUCGAUCAAAUUA